AUGGGAGCAACACAAAGCUCUGGAACUAAGCUUUCUUUAGCUGAUCGUCGUUAUAAAGUUAACAGUCCAAGAGCUGAUUCUUUAUUAGUUCAGCAACGGCAUAGUGGUCGCAAAUUGGGUGGAGUGGCAGUGGAGCCUCGAGAUAGCCCACAAUGCAGUUCUACAACAAAAGAAUCGUUUCAAUUGAAUGACGAUUCACAACAGGCUAUAAUUUUUGAUAUGGAAACUUUGGAAGCGGGAGAUAAAAAUCGAAGAAGAAAAUCUGGCUCUAAUGGAAGCACUAAUUCAAACGAGACAUUAAAUAGGCAAAACCAAAAUUUACAAAUGUCUAGAAUCGAAAAUUCAGCCUCCGUUGUAACUAUUUUAUUAACUCGUACUCAACGUGUUCUUAUUGAAAACAGCUGGAAAAGGGCUAAAAAAGGAGCCGCUGAUGGUGGUGUUGGUUCACGAGUUUUUCAUACAGUUUUGACAGCACAGCCAGACAUUAAAUUGCUUUUUGGGUUGGAAAAAGUACCACAAGGCCGCCUUAAAUAUGAAGGACAAUUUCGAAGACAUGCAAGUGUUCUUACGCGUGCAUUAGAAUAUAUCGUCAAAAACGUGCAAUAUACAGACAAAUUAGGCAUUCAUUUCCAGGCGCUAGGCAAAAAACAUUGCCAGAUGAAUGGUGGAAGAGCUUUUCCGACACAUUAUUGGGAUACAUUUCUUGAGUGCAUUAUACAAAGUCUGCUGGAAUGUGAUGGCACUAGUGGGGGAAGGAAGCAUCGAUGUAGAGAGACUGCUAUGGCAUGGAGAAAUUUGAUUUCCUUCAUAGUUCAACAAAUGAGAAGAGGUUUUGAAGAUGAGCGUUUGUUGCGCAAACGCUUCUCUGCUUCCUUAAUGGGAAUUCGUGGUAUUAAGAGUAAUUGUAUAAAAUCUAGUGGGAAUUCAAGCGAACGAAGUCUAAAAUCGUCAGGCAAGAUAUUAAAUAUUUGCAAAUAAUAUUC